UUCCCGAUGACGUCAUCCGCAAGCGCCACAACCUUUCACAACACUGUAAAUGUAGCAUAUGAUCUUUAAGUAUUAAUUUUUAUCGUUUCUAGACAUGCAGAGAGCAGUGAACUGUGCUCUGAGACACGACUACGGGCGCGUUUUCUGUCCGUCGCACGUACGAAAAUGUUUAGCUGUAAACAGAGUAAAUGGGUCCGUGUUAAGCAGAAGAUACAGUGUCCUUCCUCCACCACUGGAUGAAGAGGAAAAGGCCAUGUUGGCGAGUAUGCUAAGGGUUGACCACGCAGGAGAGUAUGGUGCCAAUCGUAUCUACGCUGGGCAGAUGGCCGUUCUCGGAAGAACUCAGACAGGUCCUCUAAUCCAGCAUAUGUGGGACCAAGAGAAAAUGCAUUUGGAAAGGUUUAACGAGAUCUUGGGUGAGCAACGGGUUCGACCAACAUUAAUGUUGCCACUGUGGAACAUCUCAGGGUUUCUAUUAGGGGCCUGCACUGCUCUUCUAGGUAAAGAAGGGGCUAUGGCCUGCACUGUUGCGGUAGAGGAAAGCAUCUCGGAGCAUUAUAACAGCCAAAUCCGAACGCUGAUGGAGGUCGACCCAGAGAGAUAUAAAGAGCUACUUCAGGUCAUUAAAGAAUUUCGUGAUGAUGAAUUGGAACACCACGACACAGGAUUGGAGAAUGACGCUGAAUCUGUGCCAGGAUAUUUGGUUUUGAAAACACUCAUACAAACCGGCUGUAAAGCUGCCAUCUAUAUUUCUCAGCGUAUAUAAAGUGUUAACAGUUUUAACGGUGCAUGACAUGUAAAUAUUGUUUUGUUUCUGUUAUCCAUGUACAGUAAACAGUUGAUGUGGAAGAGCACUCUUUAAAAGAGUCACAUACAGGUUUAACUGAUGCUGAAAGAAAGUUGUGACAGUGACAAUGUUUAAAGCUAUUUUACAAAAAAUUCAAAUCAUGACAUGGCUUAAGUAUUUCAAAAAUGAAUAUAAAAGUGCCAGCUUGA